UAGCUAGCUAGGUUCUGUUUGUCAACAAUGACGGACUAUUUUAUCAGAGCGGAUGUGGUAUUUUGAGGGCUACAAUGAUCUUAGUGAGCUAUAUUCUGCUGUGUGGACAGUUCCUGCUGCUGCUGACGGUGAUUCUGUUACAAUGCCUGGAAGGGAUCCACACCCAGAACUCCUCCAGCACGGAGCCUCCUGCUGCUGCUCCUCCUGCUACUCCUCCUGCUACUCCUGCUCACAGAGCCUCCGCGCUCCCGUUCAGCGUGCAGCCCUCCGAGAUAGUCCAGUCUGAGGUACCGGUGGAGAGCACCAACUACACGGAGCCCUACGAGUACAACCCGCCGUCACCAGUCGUCCUCUGCUUCUACCUACCAGAGGAGUUCAUCUACUGUCAGGACCCUGUCGACCAUGCAGGGAACCACAGCGCCCAGGUGGAGAUGGGUCAUGGUUGUGUUGGGUGGGGAGGCCAGACUCCAAAAGAGGUGAACUACACAAAGGUUAUGUGCACGGCACUGGAUGAUAUAGAGUGUGCCGGACCCAGAGAGUUCCUCCGAGGAGAAGUUCCCUGCAUCAAAUACACGGGGCACUACUUCAUCACCACCCUGCUCUACUCCUUCUUCCUGGGCUGUUUCGGGGUGGAUCGGUUCUGCCUGGGCCACACCGGCACUGCUGUGGGGAAGCUGCUCACCCUGGGAGGUCUGGGGAUCUGGUGGUUUGUGGACCUGAUCCUGCUCAUCACUGGAGGCCUGAUGCCCAGCGACUACAGCAACUGGUGCACCUACUACUGAGAGUACGGCUCAGGACUCACUCAGACUUUACCUGUUAAAUAUUGAGAACUUCAGCAAUGUAGCGUAAGCCUGCCGUAUUUAUUAUUUGUGGGCUGGCUUGUUCUAAGUGGAUGCUGAGGAUUCCCAGGACUCCAGAGAGAGAAAUCCCCUCUAAUUUAAUCAACUUGAAUUUUUUUUCCACAGAAUGCAUAAGAAUGACUAUUGUAUUGUAUUUUAUUGUAUUGUAACUGCUUUCACCAGAGCUUCAGUGAUGACACUUUUACUUUUUGGUAUUACAAUCUCAACUUAGAUCAGUUCAUAUGGUCCAAGUUCAGGAAUCUUCUUCUAGGAUUUCCUUUUAGUUCUGUCUGCUUCAUGAUGACAUGAUGGAGGAGGACACAAGUUCAACAUAUAGUUUUAAGUUUUUGAUGUAUCGGCGAAACUCAUACCCAUUUGUUCUCGCUCUGUACUUGGUUGUCAUGGUAACAAACAAGGUCAAGUUUCAGUCUAUACUAGAAAUGGUUAUGAUGGUUAUUUGUCUGCGUGAUUGUUACACCACAACAUAAAUAAAUAAAUAAACAUGCA